GAAGCUUCGAGGUGACCUGAUUGUGGCCUUGCAGGACCUGAAGGGAUCCUGCAAGAAACAUGAGGAGAAACUAUUUAGAAGGGCCUGGAGUGACAGGAUGAGUGGGAAUGGAUUCAGACUGACAGAGAGGAGGGAGGAAGGUGUUCAGGACUAUAAAAGGUCUCCUGGCCCAGCUCGCUUCAUUCGUUCGUCUUCUCCUCCCUUCACCUCUCCUCACUCUUCAACAGGCUUUGCCAACUCUCCAACCAACAAGAUGCCCAACGGAGGCUGCGGCUGCUGCGGAGGAGGAAGCUACUCCCUGACCUGCUACAGCACCCCCUCGUGCUGCAAGACCCCGAUGUGCUGCUCCCCCAUGCAGUGCUGCAGCCCCUGCUGCAUGCCCGUGCAGUCCUGCUGCAUGCCCAUGUCCUGCUGCUACACCAUCAGCAACAACAACAGGGGCUGCUGCGGCGGCUGCUGCGGCGGCAACUGAGCCCCCGGCCCUGCCCGCUGCCCUCCCGGCUCACCUGUGCUUCCAGACGUGGAUAUGGACCUGGCCACCCCCCUGCUUUGCUUAGAGACUGUAGAUCUCCUGUCCUUUGCCUGCCUUUGGUCACCCGCUGCUCGUGCAGUCGCUGCCCAGCGCUGGGUGGGGUUUCCCUCCGUGAGCCCUGGGCCCGCUGCUCCUCUCCUCUGGGUGUGUGGGAUGUUGGAUGCUUCAGUUCUCCCUUUCCUCCCUUUAACCUCUAAUUAGUCAUGAAUCAUAAUAAAAUGUGUCAGUUAUGAUCCUGCAAA